CGAAGCCCAACCAUAGAGUGCGAGACGGGAGAACGGCAAGGCCGCUGUCGGCCGUCCUGCGUGGCCCGCAAUGUAGCCCCGCCUCUUCCUGUCGAUAUCCUGCUGGACUAAGCCAGGCAAAGCGUGGCAAUGGAAGGUGCUGGGGACGAGCGACUGCCGCAGCCUCCGGCGGCGAUGGAAACACAGACUCACAGUGAAGGCUUCACGAGGGUCCUCAAGCGGAAGAAGCGCCGGGAGCCUCAGAUGGACACGAACGAGAGCCCUGUGCCUAGGAAGCGGCCCGAUUUCCCCCCUCUUAGGGGGGAAGCCCUCGCCGGUGGAAAAGAUGAAUUGAGAAAAAUUCCUGUACCAGCAAACAGAUACACUCCCUUGAAAGAGAACUGGAUGAAAAUUUUUACACCAAUUGUAGAACAUUUGCAGCUUCAAAUUAGAUUUAACUUAAAAACAAGGAAUGUAGAGAUAAAGACUUGUAAAGAAACAAAAGACAUAGGUGCUUUGACAAAAGCAGCUGAUUUUGUAAAAGCUUUUAUAUUAGGAUUUCAAGUUGAGGAUGCACUUGCAUUGAUCAGAUUAGAUGAACUUUUUCUAGAAUCUUUUGAAGUAACAGAUGUCAAGCCUUUAAAAGGAGAUCAUCUUUCAAGAGCAAUAGGGAGAAUUGCUGGGAAAGGAGGAAAAACCAAAUUUACUAUUGAAAAUGUAACAAGGACACGAAUAGUUCUCGCAGACUCGAAAGUUCAUAUUUUAGGAUCUUUCCAGAACAUUAAACUGGCACGGACAGCAAUUUGCAAUCUCAUCUUAGGAAGUCCUCCAUCUAAGGUUUACGGCAAUAUUAGAGCAGUAGCUAGUAGAGCAGCAGAAAGAUUUUAAGACCAAGCCUUUUGAUUUGAAGUCACAAGAUUCUGCACAAGAUACAGGAAAUAACUUGAAGAAAGAAGCAAUGUCAGAAUACAAAUUACAAGGAAAUGAGCUUUCUUUAGAACCCAAAACAAACACAUCGUGUUUCCAAAGUUCGGCUGAACCAUCUCAUGUGGGUGACAGUUUGGCCAAACCAAAACUUGGAAUAUUUUGUUUGUCCUGAGUUUGGGCUAAAACAAAAUCCAGGAUUUUAAGGGGUGAGCAGGGCAAGUCUAGUGUGCCUUGCCUCUCUCUUCCCUCCUCUGCAUGGCCUGUGGCAGACUACCUACCUAUCUUCCCAAUGCCUCCUGUGCCCUACUUGCUGUCCUUGGCUUCUAGUGGAAAUAUCUAACUGGCCUGCCCAUCCCUCCGAUCUUUGCAACAUCUGCACUUUCCUUGUCUCCACUUAGUUGCCACCAAUGUCAAGUGGGGUUUCCCACUUUCCCCCACGCCCCAAAACACUUCUGCCUGAAAGAUGCAUGACUCAGUUCAUGCCUGGGCCACUCAAACUAGCAGUUCCAUGCAUAGAACAUUUUGCACAUCCCUAAUAAACUGAUAGCGACUUUCAGUUCCAACAUGACUGGUGCUGCAGCAAUGUUCUCAGACAAGGAUCUAUCAUCAGGCAUGCUAAAUGAAGUUAUGUUCAAUAAAAACUGGUACUUGGA